AUGCGCAGCGUCUCUUGCCACGCGCCACCUGGACCCUCUCACGCUGCUGCAACAUGCUACGUCCAUGCCUCCAGGCCAUCGAGAUCGCGAGUGGAUGUUGAUCGUGCAGGAACUCUUCCUUGCUGUGCGGUGUCGCGAUCAGUUUGGUUCAUUCUGAAGGGAUGUUUAACUCUUCCUGCUUGGCUUGGAGUUUUUGAUUUGUAUUGGAUGCAAGUUGGUGGCAACAUGGUCUACUUGGCCAGUUACGAACAACAGGAUUGCACAUUGAAUUUUUCAUCUCCAUGCUAUUAUGGGAUACAUGAAAAGGUGGAGAAGGAUCGAUGCAAGCCCCACGGUCAAGGCCAUGGAGACUGUUGUAUUGCACACAGAGUUUUUUCUGGUAUAUUGCGUUCUGAUGUCAUGUGUAUGGCUUGUGGUUUCACAUCUACAACAUAUGAUCCUUGUGUGGAUAUCUCAUUGGAUUUAGAACCUCACCAAGGGGGAUCCGGAAAGUCAGCAUCCAUGAAGGAUCAUCAUUUAUGCAAUGGUGAAGCAGAUAGCAAAAAUCCGAGCCAGAACUGUGGGAUAUCUACCCUGAUGGGGUGUUUGGACCGGUUUACUAGACCUGAGAGAUUGGGAUCUGACCAAAAAUUCUUCUGCCAACAAUGUCAGGUGAGGCAGGAGUCUCUCAAACAGAUGUCAAUAAGAAAGCUUCCUUUGGUUUCUUGCUUCCACAUCAAAAGAUUUGAGCAUUCUUCAAUACGUAGAAUGUCAAGGAAAGUUGACCGAUAUCUGCAAUUCCCUUUUUCAUUGGAUAUGGCACCUUAUCUUUCUUCUUCCAUAUUGAGGAAUCGAUUUGGCAACAGGAUUUUCCCAUUUGACGGUGAAGAACAAGAUGUUACCAACGAGAUGUCAUCAGAGUUUGAAUUGUUUGCUGUUGUCACACACUCAGGUAAACUUGACGCAGGUCACUAUGUGACCUAUUUACGAUUAAGUAAUCAAUGGUACAAGUGUGAUGAUGCUUGGAUUACUCAAGUCAAUGAGAACAUUGUGAGGGCUGCACAAGGCUAUAUGAUGUUUUAUGUGCAGAAGAUGCUUUAUUACAAAGCAAGUGAGAAUCAGGUAGCCUCGUGAUAUAAUGACCAGAAAUGGCAGUAGUUAACUCAACUGCACUGGGAAAAGUAAUCAAUGAAUGAAGUCACCGUGGACAUAGAAUUCUACAUUGGUGAUACGCAAUGGCUAGUUUUAUAUGCCAAGCAAGCAAAUGUUGGAAAGCUAUGGUAUUCCCCUCGGAGAAGCUGUACCCAUCUUAUUUUAGUUCAUCAAGUCAUGGUUUAUUAUACUUGGAACGUAACGUUCGCCUGAAUUUUUGAGGCACUUCAACAUUUAGUUUUUUAUGAAGGUAUGGAUUUUCUUAAUUUCUUCCUGAUUUGAUAAUUUUUACCUGGAGGGGCUUUUUCUCCCUGCUUAUUCAAGUGUUUUUGGUGGGUUGAUUCUUUUUUCAUCACGGAUCUCUCAAAGCUACAAUGCUUGGGAGUGUAGUUGAAACAGUGUACUAAUCUUCUUUACAUGGCAUAUAUAUGUCAAAAUCUGAUAUAAGAGUUUAGUUGCUUUUA